CUCUUGAGCUCGCAAGAAUGAGGGGGGAAAAGGGCGGGUAGGCGAUGGAGAUCCGUAUGCGGGCAUGUAACUACAGCCGCGACGGCAAACCGUUGCGUCAGACGCUCCCGGGCACGCGGCGGUGUGAGUGGGAGACUUGGAUGGACGAGGACCAAACACCCGACGAUGCGAGGCUCAAAACGGACCUCGGCGUCAUGGAGUAUGCGCAGGCUCUCGUCCGUAAGCACAGCACACACAGACACAGACAUAGAGUGGCGAAAUUUGAGCAAUAUACUGUAUUGUUUGUGCAUGCCGCUUUGGGGUGCAUGUGUGUGUGUGUGUGUGUGUGUUGCAACAGGUCGUGACAAUAUGGAUGUGGAGCACAUCUACCACGCGCCCAAGGGGGUGGACCCAGUGGCAUGGCAAUACGAGCACAUCAGGUCAGGUGGGGUAAAGGAAUGGGUGGCCAGGGCGGUUAGUGCGGCCACUGACGGGUCUGUCUGGUGGAUGGAUGCAUGGAUGGUGUGUUAUGCUAUGCUAUGGUGCUAGGUUGUUUCUGAUUGAGUUCAAUGACCUGCUCACAGACCUGUGUAGGCGAUAGAUACGCACACACACGGAAACACGCCUACCUUCUGGGCGUGGCGUGCUCUAAUGCGUGUGUGCGGUGCCGUGUGGAUGUUUCUUUCGAUGUGUCAGGCAAGGAGUGCGAUCGCACCUCGUGUCCCAAGAUGACGGCAUCUCACGAAUGGCAGUACCUCUGCGCAGCCCAUAAAAAACCGCAAGACGUACCAACGCGUUGGCACAGCACAUACCUGGCUGGUCACACAUACACGCGUCGGUCGUGUCGUCUGGUGUGGUGUGUUGAUGUGAUGACCCAUUCAUUGAUUCAUCACAUGACUGACUGACUGACUGCAGUGUGCGGCCAUCGACUACAUGGUGCACACCAUUGACGGCACCGCUACCGUGCUCACAUCCAUCAAACACUUCUCGGAAAGGUCGGUCUACGUGUCUAUCAGCUUUGCUGUGCUGCAUAUGCUGCAUGUGUGUGUCUGCAGGGGCAGCAAGGCGCAGUACAGCCAGUCGCAGGCGCAGAAGUACUUCGUGUCCAUGGCCAGACGCAUAUACAGGUGGGUGACUCACUCACUGACCUGACCCACACCAAAAGACACACACCAGCCAGCAUCUCUCUCUCUCUCUCCCUCCCUUGUGGACCAUCCCGGUGCGUGCAGAAUAUUCGGUCACGUCUACUACAACCACAGAACGAUAUUCGACAGAUUCGAGGUCAGUUCAGAAACACCGAGCGAACAAACCUCCCUCCUUUCUUGUUGCCAUCCAUCCAUCCAUCGCAUGUCAUGUCAUGUGUUUGACGUGGGCAUGGCAUGCAGGAGGCGACGCACAUGUGUUUCCGCUUCACGUAUUUCGCGCUGCUGCACUCCCUGAUGCAGAACAACAUGGUGCUGAUCCCCAAGGAGGCCUACGUGCCCGAGGACUACGACGGCGAUGUGGACAUCCCCCAGCCCACCACACCCAGCCAGGCGGCCGCCACCUCAUCAUCCUCCUCCGGUAGUGCCUCCGGGGGAGGGUCGGGAGGCGGUAGUGGGGGUGGGGGUGGGGGUGGGGGCGGCGGCGGCGGCGGCGGCACGUCGUCAUCGCAGUCGAUGGGGGGCAGCGGAGGCGGACACUCGCAGAGGAGAAGCAAAUAAGCAAGAUGGGGGUGGGGGGCAAUGUUGAUGAGGAUUGAUGGAGGGUUGGGUGAGGCAGGCUGGCUGGGUAGUGUGGGUGGGUUGGCACAACCAUGGCAGACAGAUACGAUCGAUCGUAGGGAGGGACGGGGUUAUGUAUGUCUGGGUGGCAGGGUGGGGUGGCCGCUCUUAGUCUGUCUACGAUUGAUUUGCCUGACUGAGCACAGCACGGGUGGCCACGUCUGCUCUGUACGAGGUGACGCAUCGGUUGAGGAUGGAUGCAUGGACGGUUUGUCUGCGAUCGUCCAUGUUCCCCUUCCCAGCCGACCCAUCGCCUCACACGCAGAGCAAGGCAGCCAAUGAAUGCAACCGUGUGCUUGGUGUGCAUACCGGCGAACAGCGUCUGGCUGCAUGUGUGAUGCUGACCUCGUCGCGCUGCGAGUGAGGUAUUGUCUCGGCUCGGAAGGGCAACACACCCGGUUUGUCUCCGAUCGUCUGUGUUGACCUUCCUGGCGGACCAAUCUCCUCAUCUGGACGGCGAAAAGAGCGAUGCAAUGAAUGAUCUGGCAAAAGUUUCAUGAAUCCGUGAAGGUUCCAAGCGG